GUUCAAACAAACUUUAUGUGAAUGAUUCUUCAGUACAAAGUGUGUACAGUGAGCUGCUGUCAGUGUGUCUUAUCUUUAUGUCUUUAGUGUCCUCAUCAGGCUCUCCGCUGUCGGACAGCAGGAAGGUUCCCAGCUAAUAAAAGUGUGUGUUCAGUUCAGGUCUGUGCAGCAGUUAACCAUGAGAUCAUUGAUGCUGUUGUUGUGAGGGCCUCGCCCACUGGCCUCAAACUGUGGGAAAACUAAUCCUGCCUGGGACUCAGGGCUUUGUGAUGCUAAUGUGGGCCUAUAAAUAGAGGAGAGGGAUCCUCAGUCCCAGCACAGCUCGCUCUGCUCGCCCACAGAAGCUCAGCGCUCCACCAGAAUGUCUCCGACCGACGCCUCGGUGCUCUCCACCAAAGACAGACACAAACUGAGGAAACCGCUCGUGGAGAAGAUGCGCAGAGAUCGCAUCAACAGUUGCAUUGAGCAGCUCAAGGUCCUGCUGGAGAAGGAGUUCCACAAACAGGAUCCCAACGCCAAGCUGGAGAAGGCCGACGUCCUGGAGAUGACGGUGGUGUUCCUGAGGCGGCAGCUGCAGCCUCAGAGCCACGGCUACUCACACUGCUGGAAGGAGACGCUGUGCUUCCUGUCCACCUCCAGCUCUCUAGAGGAAGUAAUGCUGCCCGACCUGCGCCGCCUCCAGGACGCCGCCACCCCCGCACCCACCCUCUCCAUCCAGACUGCGGGGAAGCAGCUGGAGGGGUCCGACAGAGGCGUGUGGAGGCCGUGGUAGAGGAGGACCCUGAUGGAGGUAGAGGAGGACACUGAAAUGUUCUCAGGACUUUUACAUUUACUUCAUAUUGAAGAAGGUGUUUGCUGUUGUCGUGCUCUGUUGAUGCACUUCCUGUUUCCACUGAGGAUGGUGUGUACAGACGUAAUUAUCAGUGAUAAUAAUAAUGUGUUAGAUUCCUUCUGUGAAGGUUUCCUGUGAAUGAACACAGUGUUUUCUGUAAUCAGAGACUGAAUGUGGAGUCAAAUGUUCUUAAAAUAAACGUUGGCUGUAAACAA